UACCAGCGUCUUAGACACCUGCCCCUAAACAGCCAAUGAAAAUGAAGAAACAAACCAGCACUUCCUGGUUUACAGUUUGGCAGUACCUGUCAUUAAUAUCAUCGUAACUGUGAACAACAUGGAUUAGGACUAAUUUGUCUUUGCUGAGCGAUAAAAGCGAACAUUUCACCUGUGGCGGCAGACGGUUAAUGAGUGGAAACUCGAGUCCCAGCUGCAGUCAUGCCCAUCUCUCUGCUGUGGGCAGUGGAUGUGCAUGGCCGGGUCUACAGCCUGUCCACAGCAGGCCAGCAGUGGGAGCAAUGUCAUGACGCCCAUAUGGAGUUCAAGCGGGUGACAGCGGCUCAGCAGUGCUGCUGGGGCAUCGCCUGCAACAACAAGAUCUACCUGAACGUCCACGCUUCUGACGUGCCCAUCCGCUUCCAAGAGGAGACCUACGAGAAUCAACGGUGGAAUCCAGUGGAUGGUUUCUCUGAGCGCUUGUUGCCAAGCGACCGCUGGCAGUGGAGCGAUGUCACGGGUCUGCAGCACCAACCUCCAUCCAGUUUUCAGCUCCCUUCCAGCAGCUGGGAGUGGGAAGGUGACUGGUAUGUGGAUGAGAACUUUGAGGGGGAACCCACAGAGAAGGAGGGAUGGACUUACUCCAUUGACUUUCCAGCAGUUUAUACCAAAGACAAAAAGUGGAACUCUUGUGUCCGUCGCAGGCGCUGGCUCCGUCACAGGAAGUACAAAGCCAUGGACUCCUGGGCUGAGAUCCACUCGCAAGAGACAUCUCUCCCAGAUCCUUUUAGUGACAUCAGCUGCGGUGGAUGGGAGAUAAGCGAGGAACCCCAAGGCCGACUGUCGCUGUGGGCUGUGUCGUUACAGGGGAAGGUGUGGUUCAGAGAGGAAAUCUACUAUAACAAUCCUGAGGGUUCGUUGUGGUCUGACAUGCCGCUUCCUGGGGAGGUGAUCCAGAUUAGCUGCGGACCUGGGGAGCUGGUGUGGGCGGUGCUGUGGGAGGGCCAGCUUAUUGUCAGGGAGGGCAUCAGUCGAGAUUGUCCGCAAGGUACCUCCUGGUCUGUUGUGGACUCUCCAAGUCCAGAUGUAGGCGCCAUGCAUGUGGCUGUAGGAGUCAAUGCAGUUUGGGCUUUGACCAAGGACAACAAAGUGUGGUUCAGGCGUGGUGUGAACUCUCACAAUCCCUGUGGCUCCGGUUGGAUAAGCAUGGUUGGAGAAAUGAUCAUGAUCAAUGUUGGACUCAAUGAUCAGGUGUGGGCCAUCAGCAGCGAGGACCGGGCCGUGUACUUCCGUCAGGGUGUCACGACUAGUGAACUUAGUGGGAAGACCUGGAGGGCCAUCACUGUUCUCCGAGAUGGAGAUCGAUGUCAUUCCAGUGCCAGCAGCCAACAGAGUGCUGGAUGUUACUUCAGUGAAUCCCAUCCACCAUCUGCGGUGAGUGAUGUGGAAUCUGACACAGAGAAAGGAUCCACAGAUGAAGCGACCUGUUUCAGCGCCCACACUGAAUCCUCUGACCAGCUGACUGACACCCCUAAAUCCCACAUCCCAAAAGUUACCAAUGACAGCUUAAACUCUGAACUGGUUUGUGAGAGAGAACCAGCCUCUGCCGCUGUUCCACAAGCAGAGAGCAUCCCAGAGGAAGGAGAUAUCAGGACUCUGCCUGACGAUGGGGUUCAGACUGAAGCCCCCCUUAACCACCGGUGGAGUAAUGUGGAUCUGGAGGAGGCACAGAGCCAGCAGGCCCAGUUGUGCGCCGUGUCUGACUCCGCAGACACUUGCAGUCUGUCAUCUGUGGCCACAUACACCCUGGCCAUGGAGGACCUGUAUGGGGCAGAUGAGCACCCUUUGUGGGCUUGGGUCAGUGGAGGAGGCUGCUCUGUGGAGAGCCACUCCCAACUCAGCUGGUUUCACAGCACCAUGAACUCUUCAUUGUUGGCCCAGUCCAUACAAUCAAUGAGCCUGUCUGUCACUCCAGCCCAGAUGGCAGCCUGGCGGAAACAAAUCUUUGAACAACUCAGUGAGAGAACAAAGAGAGAAAUGGAUGACUUCAGACAUUAUGAACAAGCCAUAGAGCAGUGUGUGUGGGUGAAGAAGGGCACCAUGCAGUGGUGGAGAGACUGGAAGCCACACAAGUGGGUAGACGUUCAUUUCGCCCUGGAGCAGUUCUCAGGACCGGAUGGCAACAAGGAUGGAAUCCUUUUCGUGUAUUAUAACUACUAUGAGGAGAAGAAGUACCUGCAUGCCUUUAUCAACGAGGUAACAAUUCUGGUGCCUGUGCUUAAUGACGCCAAACACACGUUUGCCAUCUACACACCUGAGCGGAUCAAAAAGAGGUGGCCCAUUCGAGUGGCAGCUGCAACAGAGCAGGAGAUGCAUGACUGGCUAGCACUGUUGAAUGUGUCAUGCUGUGACUCCAGAGGCAUCCAAGGUCCUCCUUCCAAACAGGCCAUCUGGUCCAUCACCUGUAAAGGGGACAUCUUUGUCAGCGAGCCAUCCCCCAGCCUUGAGGCCAUGCCGUACCCCACAGCCUGCGACCAGAUGUUCUGGCGUCAGGUUGGUGGACACCUGCGUAUCGUGGAGUGUAACAGCAUUGGUAUUGUGUGGGGAAUCGGUUACGACCACACUGCCUGGGUCUGCGUAAGAGGCUAUGGCGGAGCUUUCUUCCAGGGUCUCACAACUAGUAAUGACAACAUUUACACACAGACUGAUGUCAAAAGCGUCUACAUCUUUGAGAACCAGAGGUGGAACCCUGUCACAGGCUACACCAACAGAGGUCUCCCGACUGACCGCUAUAUGUGGAGUGAUGCCUCCGGACUGCAUGAGUGCACAAAAACUAACACCAAGCCCCCAUCCCCUCAGUGGACAUGGGCAUCUGACUGGACUAUCGACUACAGCAUCAGUGGCGGGACGGACCGCGAGGGCUGGCAGUAUGCUGCAGAUUUUCCAGCGUCAUACCAUGGCCAUAAAACCAUGAAGGACUUUGUGCGACGCAGGCGAUGGGCCAGGAAGUGCAAACUGACCACCACAGGUCCUUGGCAGGAAGUCCCACCCAUCACACUGAGCGACGUGACCAUUCUACCGUGCGCCACCCACAGCAGUGUGGCUGUGGUUCCUGUAUGGGCCAUCAGCAACAAGGGAGACGUGCUCUGCCGACUGGGAGUCACAACACUCACUCCUGCUGGAACAUCAUGGCUUCACGUGGGGACCGACCAGCCUUUCAAAUCUAUCUCCAUUGGGGCUGCAAGCCAAGUUUGGGCCAUCGCCAAAGAUGGCUCUACUUUCUUCAGGGGGUCUGUGUCUCCUGAGACCCCUGCAGGCGAGUGCUGGUACCACAUCCCUUCACCAAGUAAACAGAAGCUGAAGCAGGUGUCUGUUGGAAGGACAUCCGUCUACACUGUCGAUGACAAUGGUAACUUAUGGUACCGGAAGGGUUUGACUCCCAGCUACCCUCAGGGCUCCUCGUGGGAGUUUGUAUCUAAUAAUGUGCGCAAAGUUUCUGUUGGGCCUAUGGAUCAGGUGUGGAUCAUAGCAGACAAGGUGCAAGGCAGUCACAGCCUGAGUCGUGGGACAGUGUGCCAUCGACUUGGAAUCCAUCCCAUGGAUCCCAAAGGGCAGUCAUGGGAUUAUGGAAUUGGGGGUGGGUGGGACCACAUCACUGCUCGAGGGAAUGCCAUGGAGCCGCCCCGAAUCUGUCUCCCUUCCCUAGACGGCCCACUUGCUCAGACCCCUGAGGAUCCCCCAAUCUGUUAGUAACACAGAUGUUUAGAGUCAUACCAACCUUUCAUUGCCUUUAUAGAACAUUUUACUGUUGCAUUCCUUGGAAACUUAACGUCUGUAUGACUUUCAAUGGUAUGAUUUACGUUGCAUCAAGAUGUGUAUAGUAUUCAGUUCCAUUUUUGUUGCUAUAUCGUGUAUAGUUACUGUUUGCUCACCUGUUGUCCAAAUGUGGCUGCUGCACCAGAAGCAGCUACCAAGUCUUUGUGGGAAAUUUUAAAAGUUAAGACAAAUACCCUUAAGCGCAGCGCUCAAUAAACUGUGGAUUUUAAUUGUGUAAAGAGUGAAAUGAAGUACCAGGAUUAAUAUUACUAAUUACACGCAUCUACUCGGGUGGGUCAUUUCACACCUGCCAUGAGUUCAAUACUACACACAAUUCCUGCAUUGAUCUGGUGGCUACUUCUUACGUCGACAAGCUGAUGUCUGAUUAUUUUUAGACAUUAUUAUGACCACUUUUUAUCUUAAUUGUCUCUGGAGUAUGUGCAAUGCUAAGGGGAAACUCCAUUCUCAGAACUGGUCUAAAAAAUAUUUUUGUUGUAAAAUUGUAGCCCUAUGUAGCAUGUUGACUGCUAACAUUUCACACUCAAUUGAAAAUAAUACGUAGAAAUUAUAUGUGGGCAUGUAUUGCUUUCUGUGAAUGAGGAAUUUAUGGUCUGUUACUGUGUUGAAGUGACAUCUUUAUGUCACACAUGUGGUGCACAAUCCAAUACCAGUCAAUAAAUAUAUGUUUAUUGAUAGCGCAUCUUCAGUAUAAUGUCCUGCCUCAGGACAUUACAAAUAACCUAACUCUUGAAACAACAUCUUUGCAGACAAGUCAGACAAGUCAUUUGUGUUCUCAG